ACUUAUGAUUCUUGACAAUCCACACACAUUGUAUUGAUAUUGCUAUUGCUAUUUCAUCAUAACAACUGAUCCACUUCCCCGUUCUCAACGAGGGGAAGCCAUAACUGUAUCUAUAUGUGCCACCCUAAUUACAUUCAUUUUAAUGUUCCCAAUUAAAUUAAACUUACUUUCACUAAUUCAUGUUUUUCUGUGUCUGCAAAUCUUAAUCUGAUUCUCAUACAUGAUUGAUUGCCAUAGAAUUCACAUGUACUACUUCUAGGGCAUGAAAACCUUCAACCUCCUCUUCUUCGACGCCAUUUUUGUACCUCCAACACCAUUGCCGAUCGAUGACUCUCUCUCUCUCUCUCCCAUGAUGAAAUUAUCUAGCUUGUUAUGAGCUUUUUAACCUGUCAGUGGACCUGAAUAUUUUGUGAUGUAGGAGAGCUGACAGAUGAAUCGGAAUCGAUUGGACUUGAGAGUUCACCAUUCCGGGUCAACUCAAUCGGAGGAGUCGUCCCUGGACCUAGAAAGGAACUACUACGGUCAUCCUAAUCCUUCAUCCAGCCCUUUACACUUGCAAAAUUUUGCAGUUGGCGUUCAGCAUUCUGAGAGCAAUGCUGCAUACUUUUCUUGGCCUACGUUGAGUCGCUGGAAUGACGCAGCGGAAGACAGGGCCAACUAUUUUGGGAAUCUUCAAAAGGGAGUGCUACCUGAAACUUUGGGUAGGUUGCCUUCAGGACAACAGGCUACUACCUUGCUUGAACUUAUGACUAUUAGGGCAUUUCAUAGUAAGAUUUUACGAAGAUUCAGUCUCGGCACUGCAAUUGGAUUUCGGAUCAGAGGAGGUGUUUUGACUGAUAUUCCAGCUAUUCUAGUCUUUGUUGCUCAUAAAGUUCAUAGGCAAUGGCUCAACCAUGUUCAGUGCCUACCUGCUGCCCUUGAGGGGCCGGGAGGUGUUUGGUGUGAUGUGGAUGUUGUGGAGUUCUCCUAUUAUGGCGCACCUGCACAAACUCCUAAAGAACAAUUGUAUACGGAGCUUGCUGAUGGCUUAAGGGGAAGCGAUUCGUGUGUCGGCUCUGGCUCUCAGGUUGCAAGUCAAGAGACAUAUGGAACCUUGGGUGCUAUUGUUAGAAGCCGAACAGGAAAUCGAGAAGUUGGUUUUCUAACAAAUCGACAUGUAGCUGUUGAUUUGGAUUAUCCAAACCAGAAGAUGUUUCAUCCUUUGCCACCUAGUCUUGGACCUGGUGUAUAUCUUGGUGCAGUUGAGAGAGCAACAUCGUUUAUUACUGAUGAUCUUUGGUAUGGCAUUUUUGCUGGAACAAACCCAGAAACAUUUGUGCGAGCUGAUGGGGCAUUCAUCCCAUUUGCAGAAGAUUUUAAUAUGAACAAUGUAAUUACAUCGAUAAGAGGUGUGGGUGAGAUUGGUGAAGUCCACGUCAUAGAUUUGCAGUCUCCAAUCAACAGUCUUAUUGGUAGGCAAGUGAUUAAAGUCGGAAGAAGUUCUGGUUUGACUACAGGGACUAUAAUGGCCUAUGCCUUGGAGUAUAACGAUGAGAAAGGUAUUUGUUUUCUCACGGAUUUUCUUGUCGUCGGAGAGAACCAGCAGACCUUUGACCUCGAAGGUGACAGUGGAAGCCUCAUUCUCUUGACUGGUCAGAAUAGGGAGAAGCCACGCCCUGUUGGCAUUAUCUGGGGUGGGACAGCUAAUCGUGGUCGUUUGAAACUAAGAGUUGGCCAACCCCCGGAGAAUUGGACAAGUGGUGUUGACCUUGGACGGCUUCUUGAUCUCCUUGAACUUGAUCUCGUAACAACAAAUGAAUCACUCCAAGUUGCGGCGCAAGUACAGAGAAACGGUUCUGCUGCUCGAAUUGAUUCUGCAGUUGGAGAAUCAUCUUCCACUGUGCCAAUAAACGAAAAGCUUGAAGAGAGCUUUGAGCCUUUUUGCUUGAAUAUCCAGCAUGUUCCAGUCAAAGAAGAACCGUCUAAGAUAGUCAACCCUUCAUUAAGGCCAUGUGAAUUUCAUAUCAGAAACGAGAUUGACACAGUUCCAAAUGUAGAACACCAGUUCAUAUCAACUUAUGCAGGCAAAUCUCCGGUUCAUCAAAGCUACCCGAAAGAAGACUUGGAAUUCAAAAGUCUAUCCGAACUUAGGAACAGUCCCGACGAAGAUAAUUUGGUUUCGUUGCGUUUAGGGGAACCUGAAGCGAAGAGAAGAAAACAUUCAAAUUCUUCUUUGUCGUCAAAGAAUUGAAGUGGUAGGGUUUAAACCUGAAGUAAAAUGCAGCAUAUAGACUCAAUGAAGCAACUUGCAUUUGCAUCGUUCUCGUCGCUUUAGAAAUGUAAAGGCUUUUAGUAAGUGUCUUCAAAAGCGAAAAAUAAACAAGGUUCUCUCCUGGAUGAAAUUCUUAUUCUUUUUAUUUUCAUGUUUUGAUAAUGUGAUGAUAUUAGUUACUUGUGGGCUAUAUAAUAUUUUGAAAGAGGAUAUUUAGCUUGCGCUCUGUUGUAUGAAUCUUCGAUUUAUAAGCAAUUUGUAUCAUAUAACCACUCCUGAAAGGGAAGCAGCUAUUGUAAGUUAAAGGAAUGUAACAUAUAUACUUUGUUGAGCUUCAAUCUAUUAGGUAUGGAAAUUUUAUCCCUACAAUCAAGGAUCAGUUUCCAGUGAUAUUAAGAUUUUUUCGAUGUC